AUGACUCCGCCCGAGGUCGAGAACCACUUCACCGUCUUCGUCCGCCUGCCAUUCAAUCGCGGCGAUUUCGUCGACCCGCCUCCUGUAAACUGGUCGGCUGCAAAAGAGCGUGCACUAUGGGACAUUUUGUCACGUCAAACCAACAACCAGAUCGACUGGAGGGCCCUCGCUGAGAGAUUCGAAGUGACUCAGCCUUUCCUCCUUCAGAAGGCCGCAUGGCUUUACGAGCGACAAUUGUCCCAGGUGCGAGCUCAGAUGCGACGAGUCGGAAAUAGGAAUUCCGCCACGCCCUCUCCUACGCCUGGAUCGCUCUCCGGCAGCAUGGUGGGAGACCAUGCGAUGAGGAGAGCUGGAAGCGGCGGGUCACGGGUGCCUUCUCGUCUGUCAACGCAGCAAGUUGGAAGCCCAGUCACGGGUGGAGGAGACAGUACGCCGGAGACACCUGUUAAGAGCAGGACGCCUCUCCCGCUCCGUACUGCUCCCACUGCCGCUGCAGCUGGUGUGGCUCAGCAGGCCCGAAACGUCUCUGGGACUUCGAGGCCGCUAUCGAGACAGUCAUCCCGAGACGUCGACGCACCAGCUCCUGCUUCGCAUUCUAGGAGAGGCAGCAUCCAACACCAACUUGCUCGAUCGCCAGCCCAAACACGUAACCCGCAGCCGGAAUCGUCGGACUCUGAAGAGGAAAUGACACAGUCUCGCAUCACAGCCCGCCGGCCGAAUCCAUCUUCUCUGCAUCGCCGAGCCCUCUCAUAUCGUGGUAAUGCCAUGCAGGCUCAGCGAGGACCCGCAACCAGCCCGGAUGAUAGGGCCCCUAUACACCGGUCGCCAGUCGGUGAAGACGAAGACGAAGACGACGAAGACGACGAGCCAUCCUUCCUCCCCUUUGCGAAUCCUCCCACUGAAAGCAAACCUCGCCCAUCAUCCUCCUCUCAGCAGCAAGACCCAAGCGCCACUCUUCGAGGGGCCUUGCGGCCGACCAUGCAGCGUCGAACCACGUCUGAGCGCGUCGUCUCUUCACCAACCGUCGUCGAGCCACCAACACCGGUCCAAGCUCGCGAUGUAACCUCUUCAACCUCAUCGCUCUCCUCGCCUACUCAGGCCACUGGCCCAGCGACUACUAGCAGAGGUGAUGUCCAGCCUCUCGCUUCUCAUCUCCCACAGCAAUCGCAAGCCGCAGUUCCCCGACUCGGCACACCCCUCUCGCCUUCUCACCGCGCGCUUCUAAACAACUCCAACCAACCUUCCGCCACGGCCUCGCCUCGCCGCGGUCCCAGUUCCGACAGCGCGUCUCCUAGCAUGGGCUCCUCGUUCUCGGACCUCGACGACACAAGCGUGACGCAAUCGGCUCUGGAAGAAGCAUUACUCAGCGGGAUGGGCAACACUACAAUGACGAAUCUAGGCGGGUUUGGAGGGCGAGUGACGAGUGGGAUUGGCCAGGCGUUGAGAAGCAGGUAUUUCGACGCGAGGGGUGAUGGGCAGGGCAGGAACGGAGGUCAAGGUGCUACUAGUGAGAGAUAA